AAAGUGACAACUCUUAAAAGUUACUGCAAAAAUGGGAAAACACGAUAAGGAAGCAUUUUCGCUUAACACGAUAAGGCAAAGUGGCCAUGCAUUGCUUGGCUUCUACUUUCCCGGUUCAUCUUUGAAGUAACGGUUGCAACCAUUUCCACUUGCUAGAAGAAGACAACGUUCUCCUGAGAUUCCCACUCCGGCCAUGGCUGUUCGAAGGCUUUCCUCUCUGCUUUCUCGCUCUCUGUCGACUUCUUUGCUUCACUCUCCAGGAAGAAUCUGUGGUAGGUGGAGCAACUUGAACAGAUUUAGCACUGCAGCAGCAGCAGAGGAAUUAAUUAGUCCCCAAGUUGAGAUAAGUUACACACAGCAUCUAAUAAAUGGCCGAUUUGCCGAUGCGGCUUCAGGGAAAACUUUUCCAGCAUAUGAUCCACGCACAGCAGAAGUGAUUGCUCAUGUUGCUGAAGGUGAUGCUGAAGAUAUCAAUCGUGCAGUGUCAGCAGCUCGCAAGGCCUUCGAUGAAGGACCUUGGCCAAAAAUGACUGCUUAUGAAAGAUGUCGGAUAUUGCUGCGAUUUGCUGAUCUGGUCGAGAAGCACAGCAAUGAGCUUGCUGCUCUGGAGACAUGGAACAAUGGGAAGCCUUAUGAACAAUCACUGAAGGCUGAACUACCAAUGUUUGUGCGUCUGUUUCAUUACUAUGCCGGUUGGGCGGAUAAAAUCCAUGGUCUGACAGUCCCUGCAGAUGGAGACUACCAUGUGCAGGUGUUGCAUGAGCCAAUUGGUGUUGCAGGACAAAUCAUACCUUGGAACUUUCCUCUCGUUAUGUUUGCUUGGAAAGUGGGCCCAGCCCUAGCUUGUGGUAAUACCGUUGUCCUCAAGACUGCAGAGCAAACUCCUCUAACUGCUCUGUACGUGGCAAAACUAUUGCACGAGGCUGGUCUUCCCCCUGGUGUUUUGAAUGUGGUUUCUGGGUACGGUCCAACUGCUGGUGCAGCUCUUGCAGGUCAUAUGGAUGUGGACAAGCUAGCAUUCACUGGAUCAACCGACACCGGAAAAAUUGUGCUUGAAUUGGCUGCAAGAAGCAACCUUAAGCCAGUGACGUUGGAGCUCGGAGGGAAAUCGCCUUUCAUAGUAUUUGAUGAUGCCGACGUUGACAAGGCUGUUGAACUUGCCCACUUUGCUCUGUUUUUCAAUCAGGGACAAUGUUGCUGUGCUGGGUCUCGCACUUUCGUACACGAGCGAAUCUACGAUGAGUUCUUGGAGAAAGCAAAGGCACGUGCUAUGAGACGUACUGUUGGCGAUCCCUUUAAGAAAGGUGUGGAACAAGGUCCCCAGAUCGACGUGGAACAAUUUGAGAAAGUCCUUAGGUACAUAAGAUCUGGAAUUGAAAGCAGGGCCACCCUUGAAUGUGGAGGUGACAGAAUCGGUUCAAAGGGUUUCUUCAUCGAGCCGACCGUCUUCUCCAAUGUUCAGGAUGAUAUGUUGAUAGCGAAGGAUGAAAUCUUCGGCCCCGUUCAAUCCAUAUUGAAAUUCAAGGACAUUGAUGAAGUGAUACGGAGGUCAAAUGAGACGAGGUAUGGUCUAGCUGCAGGAGUGUUCACGAAGAACGGGGACGUAGCCAACAGAAUGAUGAGGGCACUGAGGGUGGGAACGGUGUGGAUCAAUUGCUUCGAUGUGUUCGACGCUGCAAUCCCUUUUGGUGGCUACAAGAUGAGUGGCAUGGGCAGAGAGAAGGGAAUCUACAGUCUUAACAAUUACUUGCAGGUCAAAGCCGUCGUUUCGCCAUUGAAGCACCCUGCUUGGCUCUAAAUCCCUCUCUUCCACUCAACUUCCUCUGCUUUUCUUCCUUCUACAUGCUUUGAAUAAUCGGAGUGUUAUGGAUUGGAUCCGCCACUUAGGUUUGAAUUAAAAGUGCUUUGUUCAUGUCUACAACCAAUCUGCAUGCGGGUUAGUUUUUCAUGUUACUGUAGUACAGGGGCCUAAUAUAAACCUCUUUUGAUGAUGUUUGACACUAAGUUGCAAAGCUUCAAUUUUUGUCAAUUAAAUGAAUUAAAGCGCGUCUCAAUCAAA